AGUGACUACAUGGAUUCCUUUGGGCAACCUAGAACAGAAGAUGACCAGUCAGUAGUCAGCAGAAUGCAAAAGAAAUACUGGAAAACGAAGCAGGUGUUUCUCAAGGCCACGGGCAAAAGGGAGGAUGAGCACGUGGUGGCGUCUGACGCAGACCUGGAUGCGAAGCUUGAGGUUUUUCACACUAUUCAAGAGACAUGCACUGAACUUCUGAAGAUAGUUGAGAAAUACCAGCUAAGACUCAAUGUUAUAUCAGAGGAAGAAAAUGAACUAGGGCUCUUUUUAAAGUUUCAAGCAGAACGAGAUACAACGCAAGCUGGCAGAAUGAUGGAGGCCACUGGCAAGGCCCUCUGCUCCUCAGCCAAGCAAAGAUUGGCCCUGUGUACGCCCCUGUCUCGUCUUAAACAAGAAGUAACAACCUUCAGUCAAAGGGCAGUGUCUGAUACCUUGAUGACAGUUAAUCGGAUGGAGCAGGCACGCACCGAGUACAGAGGAGCUCUGCUGUGGAUGAAAGAUGUAUCCCAAGAACUGGACCCAGACACCUUAAAACAAAUGGAAAAGUUCAGAAAAGUGCAGAUCGAAGUGAGAAAUAGCAAAGCUUCCUUCGACAAGUUAAAGAUGGAUGUCUGUCAGAAAGUGGACUUACUUGGAGCGAGUCGCUGCAAUAUGUUAUCACAUUCGCUCACGACCUACCAGAGAACACUGCUUGCAUUCUGGGAGAAAACAGCUCAAAUGAUGUCCCAAAUCCAUGGGGCCUACGUUGGCUUACACCCAUAUGAUUUUGUAGCUCUCAAGCAAGCACAAGACACUUCAAGCAAGUUUACCAAAGGCCACGGAAAGGAACACACGGAAACCAGUCCACUCACCGAAAACCUCCAUCAGUUAGUUUUGUCAAAUGAGGAAGUGAGCUCAGGAAGUGAAUCAGUUGCAAAAGAUUUACCUGUAGAUUCACUGGAAGAUGAUUUUGAGAAGGAAUUCUCAUUUCUGAACAACCUCCUAAGUCCUGGCUCUUCAAGUACUAGUGAAUUUACUCAAGAAUGUCAGACUGCCUUUGGGAGCCUCAUGUUCCAGGAGCUGUCUGUGGGGUCUGAGCCUCUUGCUCAUUCCAGAAGUUUCCUUCCUUCACAUCUCUUUGACCUUGGCCUUCAUGCUGCUGGAGCUUUCAACGGCUGGGCUUCCAAAGGGGGACUAGAACUUCCUCUUUCGAACACUGAUAGCCAGCCAGUGCCUUCACACAGUCCAAAGAAAUCAACAAAAUCUCCCAACCAUGGUAACCAAGGCAUGUCAGCCUGGUUCAAUCUAUUUGCAGACAUGGAUCCACUUUCAAACCCAGAUGCUAUUGGACACUCGGAUGAUGAACUUCUUAAUGCUUGACCGAAGUUACGAU